ACUUGUAUGCCAUCCGCUAAACCCCAAGAAGAAGAAGAAGAAGAAGAAGAAGAAGCAGGACGUUUAAGCUACGAAACGUGCAGAUGUUUUAAUGGUACAAAGACCUCUUAUAUGGCAAAAGAUCAAGGCAGAUUUGGUUUGUCAUGUCAUGACCCCUGGAACAGAUCGAGUGUAGCGCCGCGGGACUGCGUCAGUGUUUGCGCCGCCGCCAUUGACCAGAAUCCGGAGGAUCAGCAGCUGAAUCACUGAUUUACAGCAAACACACGCGGACUACAGAGCGGCAAUGGCCACUGCACCCUACAACUACUCCUACAUCUUCAAAUACAUCAUCAUCGGAGACAUGGGCGUGGGGAAGUCCUGCUUACUGCACCAGUUCACAGAGAAGAAGUUCAUGGCCGACUGUCCGCACACCAUCGGCGUGGAGUUCGGCACCAGGAUCAUGGAGGUGAGCGGUCAGAAGAUCAAGCUGCAGAUCUGGGACACGGCGGGUCAGGAGCGCUUCAGAGCCGUCACGCGCAGCUACUACAGAGGAGCGGCGGGAGCACUCAUGGUCUACGACAUCACCAGGAGAAGCACAUACAAUCACCUCAGCAGCUGGCUGACCGACGCCAGGAACCUCACCAACCCCAGCACCGUCAUCAUUCUCAUAGGAAACAAAGCGGAUCUGGAAGCGCAGCGAGACGUGACGUAUGAAGAGGCGAAGCAGUUCGCCGAAGAGAACGGUCUACUGUUCCUGGAGGCCAGCGCUAAAACAGGAGAGAAUGUGGAGGACGCGUUUCUGGAAGCAGCUAAGAAGAUCUACCAGAACAUCCAAGACGGCAGUCUGGAUCUGAACGCGGCCGAGUCGGGCGUCCAGCACAAACCGUCAGCGCCGCAGGGAGGCCGGCUCACCAGCGAACCACAGCCGCAGAAGGAAGGGUGUGGCUGUUAAUGACAUGACCUUCAUCACACUCGGCCGUCCCAGAGAGGAGAGGAUCACGGCUACAUGUGCUCUUUCUCUUCUCUCUUCAUCUGUCCGUCCUCACUCUCUCUGGUCAGUUUGUUCAUCCUCUGACCACACUAACGUCAUCGCGUCACACUUCAGUUCAGCCUCUUUUCAUUGAUGUAUUUUAUAGCUCAAUGAUGUGACGUCACAGAAACAAGACCCAGGUUGCAUUAGGAUCGUAUUGAGACCAUCAAAUGCGUGUUUUUCCAGCCGUACGAGAGCUGAAGUGUUUGUGACGUGUUUAAGGCUGUGAAAGUCUGCAGGAGGACCGUUCUGUUUGGGUCAGAUGCCCGUCUAAAGAACACUAGAUCAAGGGUGCAGAAUAAUCCACUGCAUUUUUAAAUGCACCAGUGCUCAGAAUAAGCAUUGCAUGCAUCUGUAAACAUGCAGUGGUUGAUUUAAAACUGAGUGACAGUCUCCUGUUGUGAACUCAGAAUCCCGUGCAUGUCGACAUGCGAGCGCAUGCAUGAGUGUGAGUCCGUUUGGGUCGGACAGCUUUAUGAAUCAAAGACACUUAUGGAAAGAUUGAUUCUUCCAUCGCUCCUCUUCAUCACAUCAGGAUACAUUCGUCUGUCCUCUCCAGCAUUAUUCUGUGUUGCCUUAUUAUUCAUCUGUCUUAAUAUUAUCACUGUUUAAUCUCAACUAGCUCAACAUGCUCUUCAGACUGGAGUUAAACAGUUUUACAACACUGCUACUGUUUUUGUAUAGAUCUAUGAAAGGGCUCCGGUCCUGUAGAUGUACAGUAAGCAUCAGUGCAUCGGCUUGUAUAUUAACAGCACCACGCAUCUGUGUCCUAACUCAGUGUAUGUACCAUAUGAACUCAGAACACAGCUCUGACGCCUCACUCGUCCGGCUGAAGAGACGCGAGGCAUAUUCUCCUACAGAGAGUCUGACAGAUGGAGAUCAGAUCUCGACUGUUUGUAUAAACUCUGAAGGAGCUGUGCUAACGUUUGAAAAAUCUGUUUGUGUGUGUAUAUGUGAUUUUAAAAUGAUGACAUUUUGAUUUUAAUGAAGAAAAUAAAAAUGCUCUAGAUGGAAAAGCGUUUCUGCUUCAUUCUGAAUAAACAUUUAAAAUGAAAAUGAACUCCAAUACGACAAUACGAGCACGCUGACAGAAACACACCCUUGAUGCUGUUCAAGUAGAAAAAUUGCUUUGUAUUUUAUGCAACAAAUUGCACCAAGGUUACAGAAAGAAUCAAGUGAAAAUAGGUGACGUGUAUUUACAAAGACGAGCAAUUAGUGUGAGCCUUGAAUACACAUUAAAAAAAGUAGUGGCAUGAUUUUAAGAGAUAAAAAAGCAUGAAAUGUCAACACUGGUAGUACCAUGUUGAAUUAAAGGCAGCUUGUGGUUGGCGUCGCAGUCAGAUGGCAAAGUGUCAGAAAACACAAACUAAUACUGAAAACAACUGCACUAUUCAGUUACACAAGAGUACGAGAAUCAUUGGAUGAAGCUGCUCUGUUCACAUCCGUGAUCCCGGAGCACUUCCGUCAGUGGUGUGUGGAAAACCUGUGAAAUGACUGAAGAUCUUUCAGAGGACGUACAAAAACAUCUGUACAUGUACUGCUUCUCAAGCACUGCGUCUCACUCCCAAGUCUUUCUUCUUGAGACAGUAGUGUGUUUCGUUCGCUGAUCCGUGAUUCAUGUUCAGCGAGUCUCUUUAAGGCAACGGUGUAUUUUCGUGAAGUGAUUGUGCCGAAGAAACACUUGUUCAGAACCCUUGAGGGGCCUGGAAAAGACGGGAAACCGACUUUACGACCGCAUCGGUGAAAUCACACAAUCUGCGAUCAGUCGAAUACAAACUGAAGUUCCUCACAUCACAGGGACCGUUCACAUCUCACAACAAAGCACUUUCUCGACCAGCCACACGAAGAAAACUAAACUAAACAGUCUUUAUCAAUACUAUGAUCGUGAAUGUAAUUCAAACAUACAUUUUGAUCCCGUAGAAAUGUUUGGAAGUGUGAGGCACAUGAGUUGUUUAUCUGUCAGUCGUGAAAUAAUGCUGCUUUUAACAAACACUUUGAGAAAACGCAGAGAA